AUGCCGCCACCGUCUCGGGCACUGCCGGAAGAAGUUAUCGAGGAGAUCUUACUGCGCCUCCCGCCGCACAAGCCCGCCUAUCUCGUCCGUGCCUCCCUCACCAGCAAGCCAUGGAUGGUCCUCCUCUCCGGCGCUCGCUUUCGUGCUCGGUACCGUGAGUUUCAUGGAGCUCCUCCCAUGCUUGGCUUUCUUCAGUUCAGGCCCUGGGAUUGCCUAAAGCCCAAGGAAGGAGACCCUACCCUACCUUUCGUCUCCACCACGAAAUUCCGCCCGCGCAUCCCCGACAACGGCUGGGGGGAUAGGGACUACGCCGUGUGGGACUGUCGCCAUGGCCGCAUUCUCCUUGGUGAAAAGAAUGCGGCGCCCAUGAAGCUCGCCAUUUGGGACCCCAUGACAGGCCGCCGUAAGGAGCUGCAGGAGCCUAGCUCCAUGGCGGUAAAGCACCAAGAUGGCCUUCUCGGGGCAGCGGUGAUUUGCGCCAUCAGCGGCUGUGACCAUCGCGCGUGUCAUGCGGGGCCGUCCCGCGUGGUCUUCUUCUCCCUGCACGACGGUGAUGCCGGCUUUGUUGCACAAGCAUGUGUGUCCUUUCCGGAGACGAGCGACUGCAGCAAGCCGAGGUCUGAUUUUCGUCGUGAUGAGAGUGGAGCGAGCCAUGCUCUGGUCUUCCUAUAG